AUGAAGGCAAUGAACGUUACCGGAGCAAAAAUUUGUGAAGAAUUACCUCAUCCAGAAACUAGAGAUAUUGUAUUACCAAACCAAUCGGACUAUGUUUCUCAUAUUGCCGUUGAUAUUGGCGGUUCCUUGGCAAAAGUAGUCUAUUUUUCAAGAAAACCAACAUCUUCGAUAGGUGGUAGGCUAAAUUUUAUUAAAUUUGAAACAGAUAAGAUAGAUGAAUGUAUUGAAUUUAUCGAAAACCUUGUGGCUGCGAGGAGUGAUCCGAAUGUAGUUAUAAAAGCUACAGGGGGCGGAUCAUAUAAGUAUUACGACGAAUUUACCAAAAAAAUAAAAGGUGUUAAGAUGGAAAAGGAAGAUGAAAUGGAAUGUCUUAUAAAAGCUGAGAUUCCAUAUGAAGUAUUUACGUAUAGUGAGCAUAAUCCUAUGCACUUUGAGUACACUUCAUCCGCGCCAUCUAGCAUGUUCCCUUACAUGUUGGUUAAUAUUGGUUCUGGUGUUAGUAUAUUGAAAGUGACUGGUCCAGAUAAAUUUGAACGUAUAUCUGGUACUUCUUUGGGAGGUGGUACAUUAUGGGGUCUUCUUUCAUUAUUAACAGGUGCUCAAUCGUUUGAUGAAAUGUUGGAAAUGAGUAAGCAUGGAGACAAUACGAAUGUGGAUAUGUUGGUUGGAGAUAUUUAUGGAUCAGAUUACAGUAAGGUUGGAUUGAAAUCAUCAAUGAUUGCUUCAUCUAUGGGAAAAGUGUUUAAAAAGAAUGUGAAGCAAAGUGUCGCUUAUCUGAAUGCACAGGCUCAUGGAUUAAAACAAAUCUAUUUUGGUGGUUGUUUUAUAAGAGGACAUCCAAUUACAAUGAAUACUUUAUCGUAUGCGGUAAAUUUCUGGUCAAAGGGGACUAUUAAAGCUCUCUUUCUUCGUCAUGAAGGAUACCUGGGUGCAGUUGGCGCUUUCCUUAAACACGGAGCAAGACAACGUUCUGGUUCCUUUUCUGAGAUAUUUACUAACCCACAAAUGAUAACUAAAAAUAGUAUUAACGCUUGUGGGGUUUUGGAAAGCGCCCCGAUCAAUCUAACUCCGUUCCCAAAAAUUGAUAAUUUGGACAGUUACAAUCCUGACACCUUAAAGCUUACAGAUCCAUCACCAUGGAUUGAUGUUUUGGAGACAAAUCUCCAUAAACUUGUUGAAUUAGUUGUAAAAUCCUGUAAUAGUGAUGAUAAUGGUGAUAGUUCUUCGUGUGAUGUUGGACAACGUGCUACAAAAUUUGAUAGUAUGUUUCGGAAACAUUUAGCUCUUUUACGCGAUCGUCCGGCUAUGUAUGGUGCAUUGACUGUACGAAGCUUAUUAAAUCUUAGAGAACAAUGUCUACAUGAACUUGGGUUUUCUGAUAUUUUUGCAAAAGUGAAGGCUGAAGAGAAUAAAACCGCUUUAGAAAGUCUACAAAAGUUAUUAGUAAAUAUAGACUCCAUUCAAAAUGUGGAAGAUAAGAUAGAUUUAUUAAUUGAUAACAUAUUGGCUGGUAACAUGUUUGAUUGGGGUUCGGGACAAAUUUUGGAUAUGCUUAAAAAAGGUGAACUCUCUUUUGAAUCGGCUCACACUAAAAUAAAGAAACCUGAACACCUAAACCAAACAAAUAAAUUUAAGCAACGUAUUGUCAGUAAAACAAAACCACAAUUAAGAAAAGCUGUGAUAUUUGUCGAUAAUUCUGGUGCAGAUAUCGUUUUGGGCAUAAUCCCUUUUGCUAGAUUCUUGAUUUCUUUGGACAUGGAUGUUAUACUUGCUGCUAACAGUUUUCCUGCCGCAAACGAUGUGACUGCUGAUGAACUAACAACCAUUUUAUCGUCGGUUUCUAAAAUGGAUUCUUUUAUUGCCGCAGCUUGGGUAUCAAAAAAAUUAACGGUUAUGGCGACUGGAAGCUCUAGUCCUUGCCUUGAUUUAAUAAGAAUUAAUGAAGAUCUUGCAAAGGCAUGCGAGAAUGUAGAUCUUGUAGGUAUGGGAAGAGCCAUUCACACCAAUUAUAAUGCAAUAUUUACAUGUGCAUCCCUUAAAUUAGCAGUAUUUAAGAGCUCUCUUGCUGCGAAUGAUCUAGGAGCAAAUAUUUAUGAUGCCAUAGUGUUAUACGAUGAAG